UCCCCUUCCCUCCCCUCUUGCACUCCACUCGGCUCGGCUCACCUCGUACACAAGACGCAGGAUGGCAGGAUACGUGACGCUCUCUGCUUGCAUCUCACUCGCCUUAAUUUCCUUGACUUUGGCCUCCGACCUCUUUGACUCCCAGUUAGGCGACAUCGCUUACUGCAAAAGGCAAUGUAAGGCAGCUUUCCGGGAGCGGAGCGCCGUCAAGCAUGGCCCGACACUGAAUGCCUGCCAUCGUGGCUGCCGACUGUUCUCCAUCUGUGGGUUUGUGAAUGGAAAUGCUGACUUCAACUCAACAAAAUCGGAGUGCGAGUCAGCUUGCCUUGAAGCAUACAGCACAUUUGAGGAACAGGAUGGUUGUGUCACAGGAUGCCGAAGCCAACCUACUGAGGAAGACAACAGGAGUCAGAGGCUUGAAGCAAUGGCCCAGGAGCCCAGCCUGUUAUCUGUCAUGGAUUUGGUGUCCAACUGGUGCAGCGAAAUUGUGAGCUCUGCCCAGAGCUUCAUCUCCUCUACAUGGACCUUCUACCUGCAAUCUGAUGAUGGCAAAGUGGUUGUAUUUCAGAGUGAACCAGAAAUGGCAUUUGCUGCUCCAGAGGUUCAGGCUCCACGGUCUGAUGUAGCAGAAAAGGACUGGCCUCCAGCAGACGUCAGCACACUGAAUCCUCAGACCAGACAGCAAGAGAAGCCUGAUAAGGAUUCCCGGAUCGUUGGAAAGCUGAAACACAUGCUGCAGCAUUCUGAUGAUGCACAGUUCAAACAUGACUUCCUGGGAUGCAUGUCCAGAAGGUCUGGACUGCCCCGCUGGAUCUUGGCAGCCUGCCUUUUCCUUUCUAUCAUUGUCAUGCUGUGGCUGAGCUGCGCCAGUCUGGUGACUGCGCCCGACCAGCACAUCAAGACUCAGAACCCACUCCUUCAAGCCCAGUGGGAGGAAUGGGAUGAGUGCAUAAUUUAUCCCCAAACCAAGCAAACUGUUCCCCAUGCCGGACAACAAGGCACCAUUCUGGUGGAUCUAGCGGCACACGAAUGA